GGCACCUGCGGCCCCCGGCGGGCGCGGGGCGCGAACCCGCGAGGAGGUCGCGGAGGGCGGUGCGGCGCGGGAGGAGGGGCCCGAGCCCCGAGCGCGGCCACCGGACGCCGGAUCCCGGAUCCCGGCUGCGCCGCCGCUCGCCCGAACCUCGGCCUCCGCGCCCGCCGGAGCUUCGGGGCGCGGAGCUCAGCGAGCGCCCGCCCGCGGCCGCCCGGACUCCCGCAGCCCCGAGGGGCGAUGGCUCGCGGCUCCCCGGGGACGUGCCGGAUAAACACUACCUGUGGAGAGUGGUGAGAGGACUUUCCUGAAGUGGCCUGAAGUGGGAACGUGCUAGUCAACGUCACGUGGAUACUCAGGGUUUUCUUUCAAAGAUGCUGCUGAAAUAGUCCUUGUGGCUGCUUUCCUUCACUCUUCAUAACAUGGGCUGCAUGAAAUCAAAGCAGACUUUCCCAUUUCCUAACACAUUUGAUACUGGGAAGCAAAAUGCAAGUAAAGAAAGCUUUAUAUCUGAUGACAGAUUUCUACCCAGGAAGCCUUCUUCAUCUUGUGUCAUGGAGGACAUGAAGGAAUCCCCAGUGGCCAGUGUGGCAAUCACCAAUUUUGCAGACCGCCUGUCCCAGAAAAUCAUAAGCGAUGCCAUACAACAGUGGGCAAGCAACAACGUCAAGUACCACGACAUUCCAUACAUUGAAAGUGAUGGGCAGUGAUGCUGUAGGAGAACAGCUCUUUCUUGACCUGUAGAUAAGAGCUGGUGCUAGUUUCCACAGGGGGAACUAAAGCCAAAACUGGUGUGAAUAAAUACAAGUAACUUCAUCUGUUCUAGUAAGUCUGUAUUAGCAGCAAUUUUUAUCUGCUAAGUUUUGAAUUUUGGUCUUUCAAAGGGUUAACCAUAGGUUCUGUGGCACCACAGGAAUCAGCUACAUGUCCUAUCAAGUUCUCCCUGAGGAAGUAGAAUUAUUACCAAAGAAGAAAUUUAAAGAGCCACACAUUUCCAAGUGGUUAUUUUAAAGACAUCUAUGGUGGGUGGUGG